UCUCCCCUGCAGCCAGCAUGGAGUGAACGUGCUGCCCAACAACCAGAAGUGAUUUCACAGCCCCUCAUUCCUCCAGUGACAGCCCCCUAGAUGAUGUCCUGCCACCAGCAUAUCUGCAAACUCCAUCUCUUGCUUUUGGCCCAGAGGCAGUCCAUCAAACCAGAGCACAUCCCAUGGCUAAAUUAAACCAAAGCCAAACCGGGGAAUUUGGAAACCACUGAAAAUAAGGGGAACUCUGGAAUGGAGUGCUUAGCAAUUACUUCCUCAUAAGACAUGCCCAAGAGGAAGAGAGGUGCUUUUCAGUCAUGGAGCUGCUCUCCUAAGCAUGAGGGAGAUCAUGCUUUUCUUCCUCUGCUUACUGAUGCACCUGCUUCAGGAUGAGACAACUUCACUUUUAGUUUUGGAAAACCAAGACCUGCAAGAUUCGAUUAAGCCACAGAAGGUAGAGUUCCAUUCGUUAAAUUUCAACACCACUUUGCAUUGGCAGCCUGGGUGGGCCAGAGAGGCGAGAGAUGCGCGCUACUUUGUGCAGUAUAAAGUGUAUGGGCAGAGCACGUGGCGAAACAAAGACGAAUGCUGGGGGAUUUCAAGCCGUGUCUGUGACUUAACACAUGAGAUCUCUGACAUCCAGGAGCCUCACUACAGCAGAGUGAGAGCAGCCCUGGCUGGUGUCUAUUCCAACUGGAGCCUCAGCUGCAGAUUCACUCCUUGGCGAGAGACGAUGAUAGGACCUCCAAUGGUAACUGUGGUUCAUAGCAACAAAUCCAUAACAGUAAAGCUCCAGGCUCCACGUUCUCCUUAUAGAAGGAAAAGAGGCAGCAAAAUACCAAUGACAAAUUAUUAUGAUAUGCUGUAUCAAGUCUUCAUAAUCAACAACUUGCUAGAUGAGCAACACAGGGUCCUGGUGUAUGAAGGGAAAGACAAGGUUAUUAAAAUACAAGAUUUGAGGCCUGGAGUCAGCUACUGCAUUGUUGCUAAAAUGUACAUACCAAUGCUGGACCACAGCAGUGCCUACAGCAGCAGGCAAUGUACUGUGCUGCAGUGACAGGGCUGGCACCUCUGAGACAGGGAUAAUGGCAGGAGAUUCCUUUCAUCACAGGUCCAGCUGUAAAUCAACAUCUGCUCUCUAUGUCUGGAAUACAUACUUGGAUACUUUUUUAAACUACAUUGCUGCAUUAAAUUAUUUGAUUCAUCACAAUCAUUUUAUGCUACAUGAAGGUCAAGGAUUCUUUGUAUGUCCCAUAUUACAAUUUAUGAUGGUAUAUAUUUGCAUUUCCAAAGGAAAAAAGGCUUGUAAUAUAAAAAUAAAACCAUGAAAAAAGUCUUUGUGGAAAUAUCCUUAAGAUUUCUUCUAGGGGUUUUGUAUUUUAAGUCUUGAAAUUAAA